GUGAAGAAACAAUUGUCUAUAAACACAAACACAGACAACAUAGUUGGUGUCUUAGAAACUCCAAUUUCAUGGGGGAGGUGAAGUUGAUUGCUACUACCCAAAGCCUUUUCUGCACCAGGGUUGAAUGGGCAUUAAAGCUUAAAGGAGUGGAAUAUGAGUUCAUAGAAGAAGAAGAUUUGAGAAACAAGAGUCCAUUGCUGCUCAAGUACAACCCUGUUCAUAAGAAAGUCCCAUUGCUGCUGCACCAUGGCAAACCGAUUGCUGAGUCUCUUGUCAUCCUUGAAUACAUCGAGGAGACUUGGAAGGAGAACCCUCUGCUUCCCCAAGAUCCCUAUGAGAGAGCCCUGGCUAGGUUUUGGGCACAGUUUCUUGGCGACAAGUGUGUGUUUGGGGCAUGGGAAGCAGCUCACAAGGCUGAAGGAGAGGAAAAGACAAAGGCUAUAGAGUCUGCACAAGAAUCACUGGCGUUUCUUGAGAAGCAGAUUGCAGGGAAGAAGUAUUUUGGAGGAGAAGAGAUAGGGUUUCUGGACAUAGUAGCGGGUUGGAUUCCUCAUUGGCUUAGUGUUAUGGAAGAAGUCGGAGGCAUGAAGUUACUUGAAGCUGAGAAGUUUCCAUUGCUCCAUGAAUGGGCUCACAACUUCAUCCAAAUUCCACUCAUCAGAGAAUGCAUUCCCCCAAGAGAAAAGCUUCUCGACUAUUUUAAUGCGAGUAUAAGCUACAUGCGUUCCUUAGCAACCAAUAAGCAGUGAAAUCAAGCUCCAAGCAUGCCAACUCAGCAGAGAUGGACGCGAGAUGAACGCUAGAAUGCAAAGAAUCAUUUCUCUUUAUUAUAUAUUUUCCAUUACUUUAGUGUGCACAGAGCCUCAUAAAUCUCGCAUAAUUAGACAUAUGUUAAGGGUGAAAUGGAGAGUUAUUUGUUCUGUUUUCAAGUAUCAAUAAGCUAAGUAAAAUUAGAGAAAAAUGCAGAGGUUUGUUGUUUUCUUGGAAUAUUGUUGUGGUAUAUGAAAACCUGCUAGAAAGUUGACAAUUGA